UAUGGGAACACUGACAAUGAUGUAAUAACACAUUUGCUCAAGAGACACACGCUCUACUGGUACCGCCAGCCCCAGGAUGAGAAGGCUGAGGGCCUCAUCAAUGUUUCCAACUACAGUCUGGAAAGUGGACAGGAUCAGAAGAAAAAAUAUGUGUUCCAGCUCACGCAUGACGUGUACAAACCCUUCAUUUUUGCUGCUGAUACCCUGGAGGACCUGAGCAUGUGGGUACGCCAUCUCAUUACCUGCAUUUCCAAGUACCAGUCUCCAGGCCGGGCCUCCCUGCCCCGAGAGGAAGACUGCUACAGUGAGACAGAAGCAGAAGACCCUGACGAUGAGGCUGGGUCCCGCUCAGCCUCGCCCAGCCCAGCCCAAAUGUGGAGUCCGCUCCAUGGAGACACAUCACCUGCAGCCACCCCCACCCAGGGCAGCCCACGGACUUCCUUUGGCCCGCCAUCAGACAGCAGCGAAGGGGCGCUGGAGGGAAUGGUGCAGGGGCUGAGGCAGGGGGGCGUGUCCCUCCUGGGCCAGCUACAGCCCUUCACUCACGAACAGUGGCGGAGCUCUUUCAUGAGGCGCAACCGAGACCCCCAGCUCAAUGAGCGAGUGCACCGUGUGCGUGCGCUGCAGAGCACGCUCAAGGCAAAGCUGCAGGAGCUGCAGGCCUUGGAGGAAGUGCUCGGUGACCCGGAGCUGACAGGAGAGAAGUUCCGGCAGUGGAAGGAGCAGAACCAAGAGCUCUACUCAGAGGGCCUGGGAGGCUGGGGAGUGGUGCAGUCUGAGGGCCACUCCCAAGUCCCCAGCUCUGACUCCAGAGAACAGUCUUCCCACCCCCUAGCCUCUGACCCUGAGGAGCAGUCCCAUCUCUGCCCCCUGACCCCAGAGAGCAACCUCCGACCUCCUGACCUCUGACCCUGGUCCAUACCCUGGCUCCUGACCUCUGGCCUUGAGGACCACCUCAGCCCCCAAGUCCUGACAUGUCCAGGACAGAGCAUCCCCGGGUUCUGUUCAAGGUUGGAAGUAGUCCGUGUGUCACCCCUAGAGGCCCUCCUUUGCCCACGUGUCCACCAUUUCUGCUCCUCUCUCCCUUGGAGUGGGUCGAAGUGAAGUGCACUCCAUGCCAUCCUCUCUUUUGCCAAUGAAGAAGUGGCAAGCUGGGCUGAAAUUCUCUCCCGCUUCAUCCUCCCACCUGUGGGGCACAAACCUGUCCCCCUCCAUCUCUGGCCCUUCUCCCUUCCCCAAACCAGUCUUGUAUAGGUGCUCAUUUUACACAAACACUUUCAACAAAAUAAAAUCAGUUUAUUUAAAAUGAAAAAAAAAAA